AUGGGCUUUGCUACUUUUGCCGUCGCCCUUUCGCUGCAGGCCGCGGCUUCGGUGGCAGCUCGAGAAGGAUCCCAAGAGACCCUCUGGGGUGCAGUUGCUUUUACCGCCAGUGGUCUAAGUGCUCCGGGUCUGAACAACGGACCCGCGAUGCUGUCACCUUUAGGAGCUCGACAGCUUCACGGGGCAGGGGCUGCGUUUCGGGCUCGCUAUAUCUCCAACGAUUCUAACAAAACCGAGACUCUUACUCGAGUUCAUGGCCUUUCGCCAACCACGUUAAACGAUAGGGAGAUUAGCAUUCUUACGACAUCGAACCAACCAAAUCCCGCUUCGGCCCAAGCAUUUAUGCAGGGUCUCUACCCACCGCUAGAACUAUCGAGAAUCGGUGACUCAUCUUUCCAAUCCUCUUCGGUCGAUGAUAUCGUCGUUGAUUUCCCUCUCGGCAAUUACCAGUAUCCAAACAUUAUAGCACUUGGACCACACGAUCCCGCAUCCACGGAACUGGCCGGAAACGUCAACUGCCCGCUAUAUGACGAAGCUCGGUUGACGCUGCUCAGCGACAAAGAUAUCCGCGACCUUCAAAUUGACGCAGAGGCAUUUUACAACGAUGUGUACUCUCGUGCUCUCGUUGGAAUAAUCGAUCCCGAAAAACUUCACGUUCUCAACGCACGUCUUAUUUGGGAACAUCUCAACUACCAAUAUUCACACAACAAAACCGUCCACAAACUCAUUUCUCCAGACGAAAUGAUGCAAGCACGCUACUUUGCGGACUACAUAACUUUCGCCAUGAACAGCCGACCUUUCAGAAAACGUCAAUUCUCGAGGAUCCAAGAACAAAAUUUCUUUAAUGUUGGCGACGUCUCGACGAUAGCCGCGCUCAAUUCAAUUUCUGGUGCCUCUGGUGACGACCAACUUUUUCACGGCAUACCAAACCACGGAGCCUCGAUGAUCAUCGAACUUUUUAGCAAUAUAUCAGAUGGUUUCCCGGAAAGUACGGACGAUUUGAAGGUCAGAUUCUUCCUUCGCAAUGGAACCAAUACGGCGGACCCCAAUACCGAAUACUUCCCUUAUCCGAUAUUCAACAAGACAGACACAUCCUACGACGAAUUUAUCAGCCAAAUUGCCGGUCGAUCGAUGUCCGCUUCAGAGUGGUGUCGAUUCUGUUCCAGUAAAGCAACAUUCUGCCCCAGUUUCGAGAUUCCGAAACCCGACAGCCAAAACCGAACCAAGAACGAUGAUCCAGUGAUUAUUGUGGUGAUCACUUUGCUUUCUAUAGCAUUAAUCCUCUGCAUGGUUUUCAUUGUAACCGAUCGAAUCAAAACCAAAUUGAGAAAACUACAAGAAUUAGGAGCACAAGUGUUGAGCGGCAUAUUAAGAAUUGUUUGUUUGGUGGAUUGCCGGUUCUAA